AUGGUUUCCUUCCCUCCAGAUUGGACGACUGUUGUUUUAGUGCCUACUGAUAUGGGGGUGGUGGAGAUGGGGUCUGUGAGGAUGGUGGGUGAGAGUUUUGAGCUUUUGCAGGCUUUGAAGUCUGUGUUUUCUGCACAGGCAUCGUUGGUCCCUCUCAGGAUUAAGCCAAUUACACCAUUUGAUUUGGUGAGUGAGAAGAGAGAUGAUAAUGCAAAUGCCCCUUUUUCUGGUGUGGCAAUUGGGGAUAAGGAAAAGAAUAACAGCAGCAAUGCUAGUAAUAAUAGAGUAGAAGGAAACGGAGUUCCAAAGAUUUUUGGGCAAGAUUUGAACAGUGUGACUCAAUUCAGAGAGAAACUUGCUGUGAGGAAAAUGGAAGAGAGGCCGAGGGCGUGGGGAGCUCAUCCCAAUGGGAAUAGUGUUGGUUUUCCAAAUGGUAUCCAUGGUUCUGGUUGGGGGGCCGGUCAAGUUGUGAGACAGCUUGGUCCUCCUGAAAUUCAUGCUCCUAGGUUGUCCACCUCCGGUGCAUUGUCGGUGCCGGAGCUGGCCAAUGGCACGAGGCAUGAUUUUGUGCAUAACAAUUAUCAGCAGCAGCAACGGAAGGCUCAGAUGCAAAUUGAUUUCUCAGGAGCAACUUCAAGGGCUUCAGGGAGAUCAAUCAUUGCGGAAUCUGAGAUUUCUGAUGUUGAGGCAUCGUGCAAGGAGGAGAGAGCGAAUGUUGCCGAUGACAGGAGGCCGAGGAAACGGGGAAGGAAGCCGGCCAAUGGAAGGGAGGAGCCCCUCAACCAUGUGGAGGCAGAGAGGCAAAGGAGGGAGAAGCUAAACCAGUGGUUCUAUGCCCUGCGUGCGGUUGUUCCAAAUAUCUCAAAGAUGGACAAAGCAUCUCUAUUGGGAGAUGCUAUUGCUUACAUCAAUGAACUUCAAGCGAAACUCAAGACGAUGGAGGCUAGGUGGCGGCGACCUUGCGUUGGAGGUUCGACAGCUAUCUGCGUUUCCCCUUAUGUGUUUCUGUACUGUUAG